AUUAUUCACGGCAUAUUUUCUUGCCAACUUUGGCCAGUGUAACCGGUCACAUUUUGCCUCGAUCGAUCUAGAAUGAAGCAGGGCCAAAUUUCAAAAUGAGGCAAGUAAUCCCGGGUACACGAAGCAGGCUGGCUGAAUUAUCUCCACAUUCCAUUCGGGAGCAAAUAAUCUGUAAGCGCCAAGCGAGAUAAAUAAUGGCAGAAGCACAACUUGCGGCUCUCCCGCUAUAUAACGGCGAGCCACCAUGGCCGCCUCAGUACAAACACCUUGCCGUCUUCUCAACUCUAGCGUCGUCCCUCGCCAAGAACCCGCCACCGCCGUCGCUGCUUCCAAGGUUCUCGACGUCUCCGGCGUCGACCGAAGCAGCAGCAAGCCAGCAACAUGAAGCGCCUUCUCAGACGGCUCUCCCGCGUGGCCGCGGCCGACGCGUGCAGCGCCACCGCCGCCGCGUACCAGCCGCUCCGGCCCGACGCGGCCGCCAAGGCCUCCUCCACGGCCGCUUCCUCGUCGUCCUCGUUCUUCGGCGCGCGGAGGCUCGGCCGCGGCGCGAGGGUGCCGGAGGGGCACGUGCCGGUGUGCGUCGGCGAGGAGGGCGGCCCCGUGGAGCGCUUCGCCGUGCGGGCCGAGCUCCUGGGCCGGCCGGCGUUCAAGGCCCUGCUCCGCCGUGCCGCGCAGGAGUACGGCUACGGCCACCCUGGCGCGCUCCGCAUCCCCUGCGCCGUGGCCAACUUCCGCCGCCUCCUCCUCGGCCUCUCCGACCCCCGCUGCCACCAGCCCACCGACGACGACGACUCCGCCCUCUACUACUAGCCUUGCAUCUCUCUUCCCUCAUUUCACCCUCCUCGUUCCGCUGCGGCUGCCGUAGACGGAGGGCGUGAGUGUGGAAAUUUGGGAAAUCGGUGAACCGACAGAGCCAAUUGCCAGCUGCUGCGUUCUGACCGGUCUGCCCCUGCGUGGAUGGUGUACAUAGGGAGGUCACAUGGGGUUUGUUGGAGGUUAGGACCUGCUGAUUUCUUCUUCUUCUUCUUGUGAGUGUUCUUCUAGCUAGCUCUGGUAGCUGCAAUGGAUCUUCUUCUUCCACUUCUUUUGCUAGGGAUUUUGCUAGGGAUUUUGAGGUCUUGAUGAUCGGCAUGUAAGCCGCAAGGUUCGCCUCAUGUUAGUGAAAUGGAUGAGUUUGCUACUGCAUAAGUUUCUCCCAGAUCUAGCGGUGUAAAAGGCAACGCACUUCCAUGGAUCACCAGCUAGCUCUAGCAGUUCAGGCAGCCUGUCAUGGAGCACAUUGGUGUACUACAACGAUUGACCAUUGCGUCAUAAUAAAUUAUUUGCGGAUGUA